AUGGACCUUGAAGCCGCCACCACAAAAGGGGCAAUGACGAGCCGGCCUACGACGCCCGAGGAACCAGGAUACGUGAACCCCCUGGAAAAAAGUUCGCGGCGGUACCUGUCCGCGCGGGCCAACAUCAUCCGCCAUGCCGCCAGCCUGGGAAUGAGCAUCGCGAACCGGACGUUUCCUCCCGCACCGUCACCGACACGAGAUGUGUGGUUCGACUCGACGCUGUCGGAAAAGUUCAAGGGACCCGACGCCAUCAAGGCCGAGGUCUGGAUACCUCCGAAGCCGGCGCCCGCCGUUGUCGUGACGGACAGCGAUGGGAAUAGCAAUAAUGCAAACGGGAAUGGGAGUGGCAGCGGAAGCGCAAGCGUAGGUGGAAGCGGCAUACAACCGCGGUGCGCCAUCAUCAAUUGCCACGGCGGAGGGUGGAUACUGGGACAGGGCACCGAUGAUUCCCGCUGGGCAGGCCUGUUGAUGACCUCGCUAGACGCCGUCGUCUUCACCGUCAACUACCGCUUAGCGCCGGCGCACCCCUUCCCGACGGCCGUGGAGGACUGCGUGGAUGUGGCAUGCCAGAUUGCGCAGCGGGCGACCGAGUUCGGCAUCGAUCCCAAUCGGAUCAUCCUGUCGGGCUUCUCGGCCGGCGGCACCAACUCGCUCACAUCGUGGAUUGUGAUGCAGGAGCCCGAACGGUUCGGUUACACGCUGCCCUGCCCGCCGCCUACCGUCGUCGGCCUGGUCCUCUUUUACCCGGGCCUGGACUGGACCAUGUCGCGGCCCACCAAGCGCAAGACCUGCUCUCGCCCCGACCUGACCCUCUCGCGGGGGCUGACGGACCUCAUCGACGCCUCCUACAUCUACCCACCCCUGCCGCGCGAGAAGCGCACCGACCUCCGCCUCUCCCCCGGCCUCAUGCCCGACAGCCUUCUCCGCCGCCUGCCCCCCAUUCACCUCUGCCUGUGUGAGUACGACAUGCUCCUUGCCGAAGGCCUACGCUUUGCCAACCGCCUCAGCAUCGACGGCCUGCCCAUCCGGUGCCGCAUCGUCGAGGGCGAGAAGCACGCCUGGGACAACCCGCCGCCCAUGUCCCUCAAGCCCAGCGUCUGGGCAGAGUACGCCGCCGCUAUUCAGUCUAUCGCUGACUGGCUGGGCGUCAGCAACGACACGGACAAGGAGUCGCUCAAGUCGCUCAAGAAGAAGAGGCCUAUACUAAAGAAACCUAGCCACAUGUCCUUUCGAUCUGUCAGGUCGGCUUUUAAAUGA